GUACAAGCUCCCGGCUAUCGGCAUGAGACUUCCCGCGGUCAUUGUUUUUUUCUUCGCGCUGCGAAUGACGUGCUCGAGAUGCCAGGAGCAGUUCUCGGCCUUCUCUUGCGCGUUGGGCAGAAAUGAAGUAUCGCCGCGAAAUCAGCGCUUGGCAAACAAGAUCUACAACAUGACACAUCAGGGGGUGGUUCGAUCGGCCGCUGGCUACGUCUCCUUCCAUUUGUAUACCAAAGAGCAUCCGCGAGGACAGGAACUUUACCUCGGAGCCAACAAGACCUUGGGGAAGAGCAGCUUUGAUCCUAAUCGACCCACGAAAUUCAUCACCCACGGAUACGUGAGUUCGAGGGACUCCGAAUCGUGCACGAUGCCGAGAAAUGCCUUUUUAAGGAACGGAGAUUACAACGUGAUCGUUGUCGACUGGUGGCCAAUGCAAUCGAUUUGGUCGACUAUACCGCUGGACUAUUGGACGGUCAGCGGCUACGUCGGAGAAGUCGGUAGUUACGUAGCCGAGAUGAUCAAUUUUCUCGAAAAUCACGGAAUGAACCUAGAAACCACGACUCUGAUUGGACAUUCCCUCGGCGCUCACGUAAUGGGGAUAGCCGGUUAUCAGGCGAGGAGUAAAGUUAAUUACAUCGUAGGACUGGACCCAGCGCUGCCGGGCUCGUUCGAUUCCCGACACCCGACGGAGCGUCUCUCUCCAGACGACGCCACGACGGUCGAGGUGAUACACACCAACUCCGACAACUGCGGGAUGACUUAUCAGAUCGGCCACUACGACUUCUACCCCAACGGCGGACGCAAACAGCCGGGCUGCAGCAGUAAUAGGUGCUCGCACUCGCGCGUCUACGAGCUCUACACCGAGUCCAUCGACGACGGCAAUAAUGGAUUCUUCGGGCGCAGAUGCUCCGACAUCAACGCUGUCAGUGACGGCUCCUGCGACGGAGACGUGGCCAUCAUGGGCGGAAGUAUGAGGAAACUCAGUGCGCGCGGAGGAAUUUAUUACCUUGAGACGCGCGCCUAUUCACCCUACGCCUUGGGAAUAUAAACGACGUAUACUGAUUCGAAGUGAUUAGUUUAACUGUGGACACUGGACACGUAUAUGCUAUGCUGCUUUCACAUGACACUAGCUUUAUUAUUGUUUCGUAUAUUGUAUAUGGAAUAUGCCUGACAUCAAUACUCAAAAAGUCUUCUUAGUAUUGUAAAUAUUAAGAAUGUAAAUACAAUUUUCAAUAAAGCUUAUAUUUUUUGUAAAAU